UUCAAUCGUUGUUCCUGUGCUAUUACAGAAUUGUUCCUCGUGAACUCCGCUGCACUCGUAGCUCAUUGGAACGGAUCCACAAAUCUUUCAGUCAUCAUGUCCUGCUCAUCAUAUUCAAUGAUAUCCUGAUGUAACCUACUCCGAUCUAUUUCCCGUACAUCGGUGGAUCACGUCAGUUUUAUACGAAUGUCUUCUGAAUCACUCUGGAUCCUAUCGAUGCCAUUUGUCGCUCAGUGUCCAUUGACUUUACCUUUUUAUUUUCGGUUAGAUUAAAUGAUUUGUCUAAAGUAGAAAUAUAGCGCUGUGUACGUACAAUGUAAUUCGAUUUUGCCGAUUAUAUGGUUUUGUUUCAAUAGAUGAGUGGAUACCAUAGACGGUAGAUAAAUGGACGGGACACUUCAACCAUAGGGCGGAACGUUUGUAAAUUGUAAAUUGUUUCUAGACGGAGACAUGUACAGCGGUUCCGCGCUAAACGGAAAGAAACAGGAGGCGUGGGGACAAGUUUUGGUAUUUUGUGAUUUAUUGACAAAAAUUGGAAAAUGUCUGGAUUAUCCAGAACGGAACUGGAGGGUUGCAGGAAAAUGCUAAGCUGUCUGAAAGGUUGCGAUUUAAUUGCACUUUGUGAUACCGUCACUAACAGAAUGAUUGCGGUGGAAAACACAAGAGAGGCAAUGGACGCUAUCUUGACGUACAGUCAGAGUGCUGAAGAAUUACUGAAGCGAAAGAAGGUGUAUCGUGAAGUUAUAUUUAAGUACCUGGCCAGUGAGGGUAUUGCCAUGCCUCCCGACGCCGAGAAGAAUCAGCUCGUGAGGAGAACCCUGCAGUUUUGGGCUCUGAAUACGAGGGCCUCUUAUGUUUCAACAACAGCAGAUGACAAAAAGGAUGUACCAAGUUCAGGAGAAGAGAUCAGUGCGUGUGACUACAUGGCCCUGGGAAAGCAGUUCUGUCAGUGGUUCUACAACCUCGUGAACACCCAGAAUCCCACACUGGGUCAAGAACCAUUGGACUGGGGUCCCCAGCAUUUUUGGGAGGACGCACGGCUGAUGCUUUGUUACAGCGCAGAAGUGCAGCAAACGGACAGGUUUCAGGGGGCCGAGCUGGUCAGCCAGCGUUUCCUCGCUCUCGUAAGGGACGAGAGACUCUUCUUCAGCCCCAACCUGGAGCCCCACGGACUGAAGUGCGAAGCCACUCCCCACGGGCUGGUGAUGGCGGCCGUAGCCGGAACAAUCCACCGCGAACGGGCCUGUCUGGGAAUCUUCGAGCAGGCGUUCGGCCUCAUACGCUCCCCACUGGACGCCAACAGCUGGAAGAUCAAGUUUACACAUUUGAAAAUAAGACGACAGAAUGAACUCACUGGAGAAGAGGAAAUGACAUCACCAGCAUUAACAUACAACUCAAAAGAACUUCUGUCGCUCUGUGAAUGAGGAUUCAAAUAUGCCUUUUGUAAUUAUAUGUAGGUGAGUUAACUUGGAUGAAACAGAGCACUUUAUGCCAAUGGUUGAUGUUUAUUCUCCUGGAAUGGGACUACAGUGAACAUUAGCGUACAUAGUAGGCUAUACAACAAAGUAUAUUUGUAUAUUUAAGUUUACAGGUUCGUUGCAGGCAAAAAUGUAAUAAAACAUUUCACGUCAUUGAAACUGAAGGAA